AUAUCUUAACUCCAACAACAUUACAACUAUCGAACCAGGUACAUUCACGGGGCUUUCGAAUUUACAGACACUAGAUCUUACCUACAACAAGAUUACAACUAUCAAACCAUAUGCAUUCACGGGGCUUUCGAAUUUACAGAAACUACAUCUUGACGCCAACAACAUUGGAACUAUCGAACCAGAUACAUUCACGGGGCUUUCGAAUUUACAGAAACUAAAACUUUACUCCAACAAGAUUACAACUAUUAAACCAGGUACAUUCACGGGGCUUUUGAAUUUACAGGAACUAUAUCUUGGCUCCAACAACAUUGCAACUUUCAAACCAGAUACAUUCAAGGAGAUUUCGAAUUUACAGACAUUAUCUCUUGGCUACAACAACAUUGCAACUAUCGAACCAGGUGCAUUCAAGGGGCUUUCGAAUUUACAGUAUCUAAAUCUUUACAAAAAUGAAAUUUCGUGGAUUGAAAAAGGAAUGUUUCAAGGCCUUCAUGGCUUACAGAUUCUGUAAGUGCCUUCAUUCUUG